ACAUUUAACCACCAUUUCUGAAAGCAAUCAAGUGAGCUCUCCAAUGGCGGACCAAUCUACCAUAGAUGACCCAAAAGCUCCUCUGCUCCCCCUGCAAAAGCUUCCUGAUAACUCCAACAACUCCUUCAAAUCAAUCCUCAACAAAAACAACAUCUGCAUACUAUUAGGACCUUUGUCAUGCUUCCUCAUCUUCUUCUUCGUCGACCUCGGCCCUGGCCGGCAAUCUAGCCGCAACAUGCUGGCUGUACUCGCCUGGGUCUUCCUUUGGUGGCUAACUGGCGCUGUUCCCAUGGCUGUCACCUCCAUGGCCCCUCUCUUUCUCUUCCCUCUCUUUGGCCUCGCCAAGGCCGACGAAGUAGCCAAGUCCUAUAUGGAUGAUAUUAUAGCCCUUGUGCUUGGCAGCUUCAUCCUUGCAUUAGCAGUUGAACACUACAACAUCCACAGACGCCUCGCCCUCAAUAUAACUUCAUUUUUCUGUGGAGAUCCUGUGAAUCCUCCUCUCCUACUGUUGGGGAUAUGUAGCACAUCAGCUUUUGUGAGUAUGUGGAUGCACAACACCCCGGCGGCAGUGAUGAUGAUUCCGGUGGCCACCGGUAUUCUGCAGCGGUUUCCGACCGGCGAGGACGUUCAUCCUGAUGUGAGGAAGUUUUGCAAGGCGGUGAUACUGGGCGUUAUAUAUGCGGUGGCGGUCGGUGGGAUGAGCACGCUGACCGGCACCGGAGUAAAUCUCAUACUAGUAGGGAUGUGGGAGAGCUACUUCCCUCAGGAGAAGCCUAUUAGCUUUAGCUCUUGGUUUCUAUUUGGCUUCCCAUUAGCUCUGCUCAUUUUCUUUGCAUUGUGGGCGAUUCUAUGUUUGUUUUAUUGCUCAAAGGGCUCUGCUAAGGUGCUUUCAUCUUACUUGGACAAAGAACAUUUGAAAAGAGAGCUUGAAUCUUUAGGACCUAUGGCUUUUGCUGAGAAAAUGGUUCUGGCAGUGUUUGGGGCUCUAGUGUUCCUAUGGAUGACCAGAAGCAUAACAAAUGAUGUACCAGGCUGGGGAGCCCUCUUUCAUGGAAGAGUAGGAGAUGGAACCGUUAGUGUGAUGAUGGCCACAUUGCUUUUUGUCAUUCCAAACAAGAAAAACGAGGGAGAGAAACUCAUGGACUGGAACAAAUGCAAGAAAUUGCAUUGGAACAUCGUACUUCUCUUAGGUGCAGGCUUUGCAAUUGCUGAUGGGGUGAGGACAAGUGGCCUUACAGAUGUGCUCUCUGAAAACCUCAAGUUCCUGGAGGCUGCGCCAUACCUCGCUAUGGCGCCACUUGCUUGCCUAGUGAGCGGAACUGUCACUGAAUUUACCACAAAUAAUGCCACAACGACACUGGUUGUUCCUCUUCUUAUUGAGCUGGCUCAAUCAAUGAAAGUGCAUCCUCUUCUAUUGAUGAUCCCAGGAGCUAUAGGAGCACAAUUUGCCUUCUUGCUACCUACAAGCACACCUUCAAAUAUAGUGGGGUUCACAACUGGGCAUAUUGAGAUUAAGGAUAUGAUCAAGAUUGGAAUUCCUUUGAAGAUUGCGGGCACUGCUGCUCUGUCUCUUCUGAUGCCAACAUUAGGUGCACUUGUUUUUGAGACAAGCAAGAAGGUUUAACAACAUUGUCUUCCAAUUUCUCGGUGUCAGCUCUAUGAAUGCUCUUCAAUUUGCUCCAACUAAUGAAACGCAUUUAUUAGAGCAUGUAUGUAGUUUUGUUGGUAGGCUUGAAGAGAUCUUUAAUGUUGUUUUAUGUGUAUGUUUCCUUGAUUUCAGAGAGGAUGCUGAGUUCUCAAUUGUAGUUUGAAAUACUAUGUACACAUGGUUGAUGAUUAUGAUGCUAUAUAUACAAGGCAGUUUGAAUUUUUCUUUUC